AUAAUAUAGUAUGUAAAAUCAAUGAUAGUACUUAUUAAUUAAUCUAGCCGACUGCCGAUUCAAAAAUCGGAUACAAAGUACAUUAAUCUACUUUUAAGUCUUAACUGUUUUAUAGAAUCUGAUAUUCCUAAAAUUAGUUGUUUUCUGGCUACAUAAUAAAAUGGAUUCAAAGGAUUUACCUGUCCCAGCUAUGGACAGUUUAACUGCAGCUAUGAAAAGUAAUAUAGUACCAAACCAAGAAUACCUUUUACAAGGGAGUGUUCUAGAUUCUGCUGUUGAGGUGUUAUUACACAGAUUACGUGGAUUAUGUGACAAUGUUGAUUCUGGACCUGAGACAUUCCAUGAUCAUGAAAUGUGUUUUAGCAUAAGAAGUGCAACUCCACAUACCCCCUUACAGCCACAUACACUAAGAGUCAGACGAGCAAUAGAUUAUUUGGAUAUGCCAUAUCAACUGCGAUAUAUUGGACAACCUGAAAUUGGAGAUAAAUCACGGCCAACAAUUGUACGAAAUAGCAUUGAUGUAGCUACAACACCUACAAUUGUUGACUUCCUCACAGAAAUGGGAUUUCGCAUGGAUUUUGAGUACAUUUUGCGAGGUUAUAUGUUUCGUAAAGGUCGAAUGAAGAUUACAGUAUCUAAAAUAUUUAAAAUGAUGGUAGUCGGUAAACCAGCACCAGAAAGUGUAGACCCAAUCUCGCAGUCAUAUCUUGUUGAACUCAGUGUUUUGGCACCAAGUAACCAAGAUGCCAUAGCCGAAGACAUGCGUAUAUUUGCUGAACAAUUGAAACCAUUAGUACAUUUAGAAAAAGUUGAUUACAAAAGAUUGGCUCAACCACCUUUAUGGAUAAAAAAUACAUAAGUGUUCACUCAGCUAGUAUAGAAGAAAUACAUGAAAUGCCUAUCAAAGAAAUAAUAAGACCAAUUCCACCACAACUGGAUGAAAAUAAAGUAAAAAGCC